AUGCAAACCGAAACCGAAAACACCAAUGUCAACUUCGGGACUCAACCUCCUGUUACAGUUACGGUCCAUGUUGCCACACCAACUGAAACUGCCACUGCAACCACUGCUCAGUUUCCACAGGUGCAGAUUCCAUCUGGGAACUCUGUUGGUUUGCUUCCGGAUAAGUUUGACGGAAGAUACUUUAAGAUGUGGCAAAAGAAGAUGCACUUKUAUCUUACCACGCUCAAUCUGGAAAAGUACAUUCGUGAAGAGUGUCAUUUUCUCCCAGCGGAUAAUACUGAUUAUCGAGCACUUGCAAGUGUUGAUGCGUGGAGACAUGGUGACUUUCUCUGCAAAAGUUACAUCCAGAGUCGUCUGGUUGAUCAGUUGUUCAACGUGUUCAGUAACGCUGAAACUUCGAAGGAAUUAUGGGACUCUCUAGAUAAGAAGUACCGUUCAGAAGAUGCUGGAUCCCAGAAGCAUGUUGUGGCAAAAUUUGAGAACUACAAGAUGGUGGAUUCUCGCCCCCUCAUGGAACAAGUUGACGAGGUGCAUAACCUUCUCCAUGAGAUUCAUGCCGAAGGCAUAAGGCUGCGUGAAACCUAUCAGGUUGCGUGCAUGAUUGAGAAGUUUCCUCCAGGGUUCUCGGACUUCAAGAACUACCUCAAGCUGAAGAGGAAGUGGAUCAGUAUGGAGAACUUGAUCAUGCGACUUCGGAUUGAGUUUACAAACCGCAUGAACCUCGAAACUGCUAGCGUUCAGAUUUUUGAAAACAAUGCGAAUUUGGAAGAGCACUAG